UAUACACUGGGAAUUCCAUCCUCAGAUCGAAGAACGCUUGUGUGACUCGGAAAAUAUUAGCGUGGGUUAAAACGCUCACUAGUAACAGGAAAGAGUUUUCUAUGGUGGCAUGGUUUCGGAAAGAGAAUUAGGUUCAUAGUGUUCAGAUUCUGCUGUGGUUUAUUCAUUUUGAAUAUCAAACAUAGAGAAACAUUUGAUAGAGGUAUGAGGAGAAAAAACAAAAACUGAAUGGCAGGACAUCAGCAGACUGACCAGAUGGCAGCAUCUCUUGCAUCACAAGGAUUACAAGAGGAUGCAGUUCCUUUUAAUUCAACACCUUUGCAUCAAAAUGUUCCCCAAAGAGGAACAGGGAUUGACCUGCAGCAGACAAGGUCAUCCCUAUCAUCAACACCAACUUUUGCUGUACCACCACAAAUGUGGCAUCAUUCGAGGACUGCUAUAUCAUCGAGUCUUCCAUCCCAGAAUAUGCUGACACAAGAAAGUAGAAGUAUUUCUCCAGUUAACCCAAACUCAGGCAGUGAUGCAUUGUCACUGCAGCAAGAUCUUUUGAAGCAAGUUGAUCCAAAAGCUGUAAAGGCUGUAACUGGAAUCAUACCAUCCUCAGGAUCUUCCAUUUCACCAUCAAUGUCAAGCUCACUUACUGACUUGCCUUCCCUGAAAAAGACUCCGUCUUUGAAAGUUGACGAUAUCUCAGAUGAAGACAUUGAGUACUACAAAAAACAGUUUCCAGAGGAUAUUAGAUCAGAUAUAUAUGAUGCUAUGAUCAUUCAUCAAGAUGAAGAUGUACAUGAGGUAUUACAGUUUUUGUCACGAGUUAACAGUGAUGUUCAGCUCAGCCAGGGAGAAAAGCCCAAGGUUGUUCUUUAUACAGAUGUUAGGCCAGAUAUCAAUAAUGCUAUUGGUCAGUUAGACGAGAGCUUACCUUUGUGCACAUAUGUUUUCCUUUAUGUCACCAAAAAAUUCUGUUCAGAUGGUUGGACGGAAUUUUCCAGCCAGACUUGUCUUAUGGAUGCUAUUUAUAAUUCAGAGAAAAAAUGGUCAGUGGUUCCAAUAUUUACUGAACCCAGAAGACAAGCAACCUACAAAAUACCAGCAAGCAUUCGUUCUCUGAAAGGCAUCCAGUACUGGAGUGAAGACAAAUUUUAUGCAGAUUCCCUGCGAAAGUUGUUGGAUGACAAGCUGUAUGUGCGAAAAAGUAAAGAGGUUGAGCUGAAGCAUAAACGAAAAAUGUGGAUCUUGAAGAAAAAAGCUAAAGAAAUACGAGAACAGGACAGAAGAGAACAGGAGACACGGCAUGCAGCAGAAGAAGAGAUGCUUGCACGGUCAUUGUAUGAGAAAGCAAAGGAGAAGAAAGAAAUUCAGCACAUGAAACGCAUACAGCUUCUAGAUCAGUCAGAAAUGGAGCAAUUGUGUCAAGAAUACAGCAGGCAUACAUAUGAAACAGGAUAUCUGCAAUAUCUUUCCAAGUGUUUUACAGCACCAGCUAAUCUUGAUAGCUAUAUGGGUGCAGAUGUUCCACCUGUGUUUCAUUCAAGCCUGAGUAUGCCACACACGUCAGCUGUACAAACCCCUUCAGGCACAUAUCUACCUCGAGAAAUGACACAGAGUCUUGAAGGAACCAGCAGUUACAUCCCACAUUUCAGUGUAAGUAAUUUGUCAUCUGACUCUGGACUUUCAAAGAGCAUGGAUGAUUCAAAUACAUUUCCCUCUUUGACAGCACCACAAGCCCAAAUAUCAAAAUCUGUAGGUACUGAACUGUGUCCUCUAUCUGUAUCAUCAGACCAUUCGAGCCCAUUGUCAUCUGGGUCAGGGUCAACGUCAACGUCACAGAUGCAUUAUAGUAACACAAAAGAAACAACACUGGGUACGGGUAGUGAAUUUGUCCCUAGAGGCAAUGAGAUGGAUAAGCGUUACAAAUAUUUUGAUCUUCCAGCUACUGAUCAUAAUAAAACUGUGGCAAGUCCAGGCAGCAUGGGUGUUCCACAGAGGCUUGGAGGAAACAGCCAAGAAUCCAUCUUGCAUUUAACUGAAGAUACUUCUGCACAGCAGCAAAGAGGGUUAUUACUGCCAGCUGGUCCAGAGAGAUUGUCGGCAAGUCCUGACAUUGAAGAGGAUAUUCCUCCAGCCUCUCGAGUCAGUACUGGCAACCUAGGAGAGGUACAAAUGCUUCAGCAAUUUUCGUCCCUCCGGACAGAAAUUAGUGGCACACAGAUAAACAGUGAUAAUACUGCAUCUGUGCUACCUAGACAAAGUCACUUACCAUCACAGGCUCCAGGGAAUAUCAUGGCUGGUCCCACAAACCCAUUCGCAGAAUACCAACAUGGCCCACAUGUUGGCAGUCAUCAUUCCCCUUUGAUGGCAGCAUCUCAGUAUGUAUCAGGUCUUCAGUACAUACCAUCUGAAAGAUUCCCAACCAGUGCCUCAGUGCCAGGGCAUUAUAACCCUUAUCUUCACUUGGGUCAGCAGGUAAAGGAGGUUCAUCACCACCACUAUGUUAACCCCUAUGUGCCUCCAACUAUCAAUAUCAACAAGGUGGAAAAUGUAAUGGUGGGAGAGACAGUUCAGAUUACCCAAAAAGGCAACAGACGUGGGAGACAUAAGGCAGAUUGUCAGUCACCAGUCAGGGAUAGGGAAGAUGGCUUUCAGGAUACUACACCAGGGGAGUUUGAUCCUGAAGAGCUGGUUUCACGAUGCCCUGACUCUUUGAGCUUGCCAUCAAAUGUGCCCAUCAGUGGACUGACAGGACAUGUCACAGCUGAUAGGAUUCAAAGUCAGCCAGUGUCAUCUAUGACCAGUCCAGAAUUGCAAGGAGAAGGAUCAAGAAAAAACCUUCAGUAUGGCCUUGCAGACCUUCCCAGAGCACAUCCUAGUGUGGGAAAUGGAAGUAUUAGAUAUCCACCUCCUUCACCACACGAAGGAAUACCAGCUGUGGCAGUAAAACCUGUGGCAGUCACAAAACCUUUUAAUUCGUCUGCAGAAAAGUCACAGUGGAGGAGAGAAUAUGAUGCCCAACAUGAGACUGAAGUCAAGAGACCAGGUGAAUCCAGAACAGAAAGUCGAGAACUUGUAGAUAGUAAUAAUAGUGAAACUGAAGAGGAAACCACAUUAAAAAGUAAGAGGACAUGAUGAAUAACGGCAAUUCUUUUUAAAAUUUAAUUUUUUUGUUUGGUGAGGUUUGAGAUGGGAGAGUGGUUCAGUAAUGGUGACCUUAGGGCAGCAUGGCAUGGUAUUAAGAAUAGGUCCUCUGUUUAGCUUGUGAAAUGCUUUUGAAAAAACUGUUGAACUUGAUGUGUUGAUGUGUGUGAUCUUCCCAACAAGCUUAAUUCUUUUUUAUGUUUGCUUUGAGAAACACAACUUCUCUCAUAAUGUUUCCACACUAAAACAGUCCCUGAGGCUGGAUUAGUGAUUGCCCAGUCCUCUGUUGCAAAUCUGUUGAGUUGAGUAAAUAUUAAAUAGGCCAGAUGGGAUUUGUAGACGCACCUUCCAUUCUUGAGCCGAACAAGGGAGCAGAGUUUUACAGCAUGUAUUCCAGCUCUCUGUAGAUUCUGGCCACAUUGCCAAUAUUUGGAGACUUUCACAUACUAUACCUGUCCCCAAAAUCAUUCAGCCCAGUAAACCCAAUGACUUCAAACCAGUCACUCUUAUGUCAAUUAUCAUGAAAUCACUCGAGGAAAUUGUAAAGAGUGAGGUUAUGACUGCUGUUGAUCAAUAUCUUGACCUGCUGCAUUUUGCCUUUAGAGCUGGAAGAGGUGUUGAUGCUCAGCUGUUUAUGAUAAAUACACUGUACAAACAUCUGGAAAAACCUAGAGCUCAUGCCAGGCUUCUCUUUACUGAUUUUUCUUCUGCUUUUAACACUGUGCAACCUUAUUUGUUAGUAGAGAGUAUAGUUUUAGACUUCCAUCUAUCCCACACCAGCUAACUCUCUGGAUCCUGGAAUGUUUUUACAAACAGGCAGCAGAGAGGUUCUGUUAACGAUCUUCGCUCAGAUCCUGUUGUCACCUGUACAGGUUUCUCUCAAAGCUGUUACUUGUCUCCACUGCUUUUCAUACUAUAUACUAACAGUUGUAGAAGCACUAUGGAUAGGAGCUUUCUUACUAAAUUUUCUGAUACACUGCUUUGGUGUCACUUUUGUAUAAUGUUAAUAGUGGCGCUCUUUCUUACUUUGUAUGCUGGUGUGAUGAACACUUCCUUGUCUUGAAUGCCUCGAAGACUAAGAAAUUUAUCUUUGACUUUUGGAUGAACAAGCCUAAGGCAGUCAUCAGUAGUAUCCAUGAUAAUGCCAUCGAGAUAGUCUACAUAAAUAUAUUAAGUGCUAUCUUUGAUAACCAGCUUAAAUGUGAUGUCAACACUGACAUGAUCCUCCAUAUGAGCCAGCAAUGCCUAUGCCUCCUAGGGAAACUUCAGUCUUUCUCUUUCAGCUCUCUCAUUUUCACUUGGUUCUAUUGGUCCUUUGUUGAAAGUUUCUUCACUUUUCUUUCAUAUCUUUGUUUCACAACCUCAUCCUAGGGAACAGGAAUAGUUUUGUCUCCCUUGUUAAUAUCUAUUCCAAGAUCACCAGAACCAGGCAGAAAGACUUGGCAGUCUUAAGUCAUCAGCAAAUUCCUAGGAAGGCAUCUGGCAUCCUCACUAUUCCUGAUCAUGUGCUGGCUGUGGGUACUUGAUGUCUGUAUGCAGAGCCAAUUAUUACAACUCAUUCAUUACACGUGCCAUUCAUUUGAUCAGUUAUACUGGCCAUGAUUUUGUAUUAGCCUGAGGUGACCUAAGGCCACCAACUGUCUCUUACUGUUGCUGGGAGUAUGUGUUUAUAUAAUGUGUGUGUGAGAGAGAAAUUAUUUCAACAUGUGUAUGUUCUUAUCUGUAAUUUGUUAGCAUAUGAGCACUAUCUGAAGUGGCCCUUGUAGAUUAAUAAAGUUAUAUUGGUUGAUUAUCAUGCAAACAAACUGGUGUAGCAUAAUAAAGGGUAGAGGAAAAAUAAUGAUACUAUAUAGGAAAUUGAAGAUUCUUCACCAUCUGCUUUUCCGUGCUGACAAUUUGUAAAGCCACUAGCUUUUUGUUUUUCCUUUUCUGUUUAUGUGAAUAGCAUAUGGUAUACACCAGUUCCCAUCUAUUUAUGCUCACACCAUAAAAAGGUAUUGACAGACAGCAUUGAGCUGCAUGAUGGUGCAUGUUGUUCCCAGCCAAAUGCUGAAUGUCUGUAAACUGCAUGUUGAAUGUCUAUAAAUAUGUGAAUUUGUUAUGUAAAAAAUCUGACAAUUAAAAUUUUUCCACCAUGCAAGGUCAAUUGCAAAAGCACAUACCUUUGAAACUUCAAGAUGAUGCUCUUCUUUUGUGUGAAACUGUCACCAUUUUUUUGUUCUUUCUUUCUUUUUUUUUUUUUGUUUAGUCUGAGCUUGGGCAUUUGUUAAUUUAUUCCAUAGUGAGUGAACUUGGUCUAUGUUGAAUUCAUGUAACAAAUGUUUGUGGGUUUUGUGUUGAUGGAUGCAGUAAAAAGACCCAAUAUUUUCUCAGAGUGGCAGUUUGCUUAUGAAGUUUGGUUUCAAUGGCACUAAGAAAUGUACACUUGUUUCUGUACUAGUUUCAUUCUGACUUCUCUACCUUGUGAAUGGAAUUAAUAAAAGCUUGGAGAUAGUAAUUCUUGUGCAAGACAGCUGUUGACAUUGUUUCUAGAAGGUUUUCAUUUACAAUUUAGAAAACGUGUGCUCAGCUGGCCAUCAACAUUUCAAACUUGAUGGCAGGUCAAGUCUUUUUGGCAUUGAACUAUAAAUUAGUGGGAUAAAACAACUAUUUAAAUUUAUGAUGGCAUUUUUAGAUUUAAAACUUUUACUACCAUCUCUCUCCAAAUAUUGUUUCUGUAAUAUUAUUUGCAAAAAUAUUGGUCUGUAAACAAUUUAAAAUGUUUUUGACAGGCUGGUUUAAAAGCUCAAAAGCUGGCAUUACUUUUUAUGAAUUAUUAGUGUUAUUAUGCAGGCCUACAAUUAUGUAAAGCACAUUGAGUCUGGCUGAUGCUGGAGAAAGGCACUAUACUAGUGUACUAUUUAUUAUUGCUUCCUGCGCUGAUGAAAGAUCAUGCUUAAUUUAUAGAGACAUAAUCUUUAUCUGUUGAUAGAAAUAUUUUUAUUAUUUGCAGUGCAUGCUUGAAAGCUGUACAUAUUUAUGUUUGGCAAAUGCUGAAAUGUUUAUUGAAUGAUUAACUGUUGUGAAUAUUUAUUGUUCAUGUUUUAACAUGAACAAUUACUUUUAUUGCUAUGUUCAGCUGUUGUACAUGAGUAACUCAAAUGUUUACAGUUGCACAUACUGAUUAUAUGCAUGUUUAACAUAUGAGUGACUUAUAGGUCUUACAUUUCUGUGCCAUUCUGCAAUUAUGAUUGUCAGUAUGAUACAGAUGUGGCAUAUUUAGUAUACAGUUGUUAUUUUAACUACAGAAGUCUGUUGUACAGAUAUGGGAGGGGAGGGUAUGGAGUGAUGGGGUUAGCAUUGUGUGUAUGGGUUCAUAUUCAUAGAAGUGGUAUGGAUGAACAUGGUAGCAUAGACAGUAAAGAUGUUGACUUAUAAAACAUUCAUUUAUUAAAUGCUGCCUGAAUUGAGAAAUUUAGGAUGCUUUCAGUGUAAUAUAUGUAUAUACAUAUUUUUAAUGUGUAUAUUAUGGAGAGAAGCAAAGGGUUUAAUGUUAGAAAGGUGAAUUGUGUGUUUCAGUCUGUUACUAAAUGAGAAAAAUAUACCCAAAAAUUUUGAUUAAAAGAAGUAUGAAACAUUCA